AUGAGUACUACACCCGAGUCAGGAAGCUGCACAACAAACCAAGCUCGUCUGACUGUGAGUCCCAGCAGCUCUCAGUUCUUUAAAGGAGACUUUGUGUCUCUGAGCUGUGAGGAGGACGACAGCUCUGCUGGAUGGACUCUGAGGAGGAACACAAGCAAACGACAGAGGACUGAGUGUGGAGAUGGGUUUGGAAAACCAGCUGGAUCAGUUAAUUCUUCCUGUAACAUCAGCUACAUUCUCACAUCAGACAGUGGAGUUUACUGGUGUGAGUCCAGAGAGGGUGCCAUCAGUAACAUGGUUAAGCUCACAGUCUCUGGUGGAUCAGUGAUCCUGCAGAGUCCUGUCCUCCCUGUGAUGGAGGGAGAUGACGUCACUCUGCUCUGUCAAACAAAGACCACUCCCUCCAACCUCCCAGCUGCUUUCUAUAAAGAUGGCUCCCUCAUCAGGAAGCAGCCUACAGGUCACAUGACCAUCCAGCAUGUUUCCAGGUCUGAUGAAGGCCUCUACAAGUGUGACAUCAGCGGUCAUGGAGAGUCUCCAUCCAGCUGGAUCACUGUCACAGAGAGACACACCACCACACCUCCACCUACAUCACUCUCUCCUCCUGUUCUCUCUGUGAUCUCCUCUGUUGGAUCAGUCUGUGUUGUGGUUCUACUGGUGUUACUGGUUCUGCUGGUGAGACGAUGUGUUCACAGGAAACCUGAAGAGAGCGAUCCAGCAGCAGUCCACUCAGCAGUGAAAACAGAAGAUGUCACUUAUGGACAAAUCGUCAUCAAAGAGAAACAAAAAAAAUCGAAGACGAGAGACAGUGACCCAGCUGCAGUCUCCUCAGCAGUGACAACAGAAGACGUCACUUAUGGACAAAUAGCUGUUAAACCAAAGAGGAACAGAGACGAGGACCCACCCACACUCAUUCGUAAAGGAGCGGUUCGCAAGUGCGGUGGAAACACUAAGGUUUUCGCCGGUUCUUCUGGGAACAGCACGAGCACCAGAACCCCAUUGAUAUCCAGAAAGAUCCUUAAAAGUUUACUCCCACCUGCAGCAGAUGUAGUUAAGGGCUUACGGCCUGAGUCGCCUCCUGCCGCAUACCUACAGCGUUUAGAUUCAGCUUUUGGUACAGUGGAAGAUGGAAAGGAGCUUUUCACUCAAUUCCUGAACACCCUUCAAGACCCAGGGGAGAAAUCACCCACUUACCUUGAUUGA